CCAGCCCGCAGCCCCGCUCACCGUGCUCACCGGCUCAUUGGCUGUGCUCCACGCGGGACAUUGCUCUGGCCCUCGAGGACCGCUGAGGACGGAAGGUCUCUGUCCCCUCCAAAAUUCAUGUUUUGAAGCCCACCCUCCCGCGUGACUGUAUUUAGAGACCGGCCCUUUAUGGAAGUAACCAGGGUUAAGCUGGGUCCUGAGAGCGGGGCUCUGGUCCCCUAGGCUCCUUCUUAUAAGAGACGUCCGAGAGCGCCCGCCGCGUCCCAACACCUCUCCUCCCGGAGGCAGGAAGAGCCGGUGGGUGCUGAGAGACAGCCGUGGCCUAGGCGCCAGGAACAGAGGUGUCAGGAUGGGACCCCCCUUGCCGGAACCACGUCCUUGGGCUUGGCAGCCUCCCGAACGGUGAGACACACUUGUUUCAGGGCUCACUGUGCCUUUCUGUUCUGGCAGCCGGAGCGGAGACGGACACCCAGACCUCACCUCCCAGGGAGGAGAUGAACAGCCGUGAAUCAGGCCUCCUCCAUCACAUGUCAACGCACACAGUGACAUGCCUGGGACAGAGUUAGGGCUGGGCAGGAAGGCACCCCAAGAGGCUGGGGCGGAGUGGACAGCUGCGGGAUGAGGAGGAGGGUCAGGUCUGCUUCUGGUCAAGCAAGGAGUGCUGGCGGCUUUGAACCAGCCAUCCCUCACGUUGAAUUAGUGCAGAGCGGGGAGCAGGGUAGAGCUCGGUGUGGGCGGCCGCGCCGGGAUUUCUGGACAGGAUGGUAGUGUUCACAGGCUCCGUGACUGGCACGAACAGCAGCCAGGAGCCAGGAUCAGGUUCAGAGAUGAGCUGCCAGGGAUUCUCUAGCGCUUCCUGGCCUGACCGCAGCCCUCCGCCCCUAUCCUUGGUCUCCUGAGCCCAGGCCCCCACCCCCAGCUCCCAAGACCGUAGCCCAAGCCAGGUGUCCUUUGACAAACCCAGGAGUCCCUUUCCUGCCACCUUGAAAGUGCUGCUCAAAGCAUCUUUGUUUGAGGCUCCACUGGUGAAGCCACAGCCCCGCCCUGGCUCCUUAAUCACCCCCUGGCCAGGCCCCCACCCCCUCUGGCCCUUUAAGCCCCCAGGUCCUCCCCUGCGCAGUCAGCAGGGAGGGCACCGGCCAGAGGGUGAGAGCAGGCUUCGGGGACUGCCGGGGCAGGCGAGGGCGGCCGGCAGGCAGAGGGGCUAAGGUGGUGGGGUGGGGGCCUGGGGAGGCCAAGGGAGCUCAAAUCUUGUGGGAGCUGGGGGGACAGGUGUGGUCCCUGGGGCGUGGGCAGAGGGCCGUACAUAGGACCUGCCCCCGUCCCCCAGCCCCAGGAGCCAGGAUAGAUCCAGGACCAACCAGGGGCUGAGGGAAGACAGAGGGCCUCUGGGGCCUGGGCUAGGACCCUCCUUCCAUCUCUUUGCAGGCUCUGACCAGAGUCCCCCACCCUAAGCUGUGCCACCCUUACCAGGCCCAGCCCUGAAGACACCAUGAGUGGGGCUUCCUGCCUCGGGGUCUUGGUCCUACUGCUGCUGGGAGCUGCUGGGACAGCGACGCGGGAGUCCGCAGACUGCGGGCAGCCCCAGGUGUCGAGUCGGAUCGUGGGAGGCCGGGACGCCCGGGUCGGACAGUGGCCGUGGCAGGCGAGCAUCCAGCACCGCGGGGCGCACGUGUGCGGGGGUUCGCUCAUCGCCCCGCAGUGGGUGCUGACCGCGGCGCACUGCUUGCCCAGGCCUACGCUGCUGUCCGAGUACCGCGUGCUUCUGGGGGCGCUGCGCCUGGUCCCUGCCUCGCCCCGCGCGCUCUCGGCGCCCGUGCGCAGGGUGCUCCUGCCCCCCGACUUCUCCGAGGACGGCGCCCGCGGCGACCUGGCGCUGCUGCAGCUACGCCGCCCGGUGCCCCUGAGCGCCCACGUCCAGCCCGUGUGCCUGCCCGAGCCCGGGGCCCGCCCGCCCACCGGCACACCGUGCUGGGUCACCGGCUGGGGCAGCCUGCACCCGGGAGUGCCACUUCCAGACUGGCGACCUCUGCAGGGAGUGAGGGUACCACUACUGGACAGGCGCACCUGUGACCAUCUGUACCACGUGGGCACCGACGUGCCCGGCACUGAGCGCAUCGUGCUGCCAGGAAACCUGUGUGCGGGCUACGUCCAGGGCCACAAAGACGCCUGUCAGGGUGACUCUGGGGGACCCCUGACCUGCAUGAGAUCUGGGCGCUGGGUUCUGGUGGGCGUGGUGAGCUGGGGCAAGGGCUGUGCCCUGCCCAACCGUCCAGGGGUCUACACCAAUGUGGCCACUUACAGCCCCUGGAUUCAGGCUCGCCUUAGCCUCUAAUGCAGUCACACUGACCUGGAGCCAGAGGCUGGGGUCCCUCUGAGGACCUGCGCAGUCCCCCCGCCUUGCACCUCCGACUUGAGGCUCACGGGUGGUAUCAUCCACCUGUCCAUCCCUGUCUCCUCUGUAGGGCCCACCAAGCCCUAGCCACCAGCCCUCCUCCAGGAGCCUCCCGUGGGGCGGAGGGGAGGGGGGCUGUGUCACAAUCCCUCCCUUUCCCUCCCCUCCCCGCUCAUAUUACCCUUCUCAGCUGCAGCCCCUGGGUGCCCAGAGACAGGCAAGUCAGCUGGUGCGCCGUCUGGCCUCUGGGCCCCAUUUGUCUGUUUGUCUGGAGGAAGUCGGGGACAAAGUAUGAGAGGGAUUCAGGCCCAGGAGAUGCUUCUCCAUGGCUGCGGGGGAGCCCCAGUUGACAGCCGGCGGGGAAGUCCCUCCCUGCCACAACCGCAAGGAGCUGAAUGAACCUGGGACCCAGUGCCCCCCCCCCCACUUCCCCCAGGCCUCCAGCUGAGAGCCCAUCAGGCCACCCCACAGGCCAAGCCCUUGAACCCAGUGGAGCCCUCCCAGACUCGUGGCCCCCAGAGCUGUGACUUAAUAAAUGUGGGUGUUGCAGGCUG